AUGUCAUCAUUUCUUACUGGGAAACAGUUGGAUACAGUCUGAAUAACUAAGAACAAACUGUUGUUCGCAAUCUGGGAAUCUGCAAACACCUCCCAAAUAAACUCAAUUUACUUUUUUUGUCUCUUUUAUAAAACACAAACAUAACAGAUGCUUAAAAACCUGAUUAGACCACUGUCUAACCCUCCAAUACUUUUAAUUGGAUUCAUUCUAAACUGCCUGGAUAUCAGUACUUUUCAUCCUAUCACAGUAGUAUAAUCAUAAUCAUAAUCAUCAUAAUCAUCAUAAUAUCAUAAUCAUCUAAAUGGUUUGUUACAUAAGGUUACACAUUUAGUGCCCGCAAUGCUGGAUGAGCAGUUUGUUUCUCCAAGUCUGUUCUGCAGUAUAAAUUUUAAACAGCUUGCAUGCAAAAAAACCUGAAAGAUUGGAGAAUUCUUGGUAUUUUCCCCAACAGAAAACAGAUACUUCAGAGUGAACAAUAACUAAGACUUUGAAAUAUUAACCGAAAAACUGAAAUGGGUGUACUUUAACAAGAAAAAUGGUUAAAGUUCAACAGAAGAACAUGUUUUUCUCAGUUAUUAGUUAGUUAAUGGAAGAUAUUAACAUCCUAUAUUAACAUCACAUGACAGGACUGGGUGUAAUAAAUAUGUGGACAUGGGGUAAAGGAGCACAGUGUCAUCACAUGCGAAGGGACCUGGGACACCAGUAAGGCAACACUAAUUCCAGCUGCUCUCGCUCUCUGGCAUCUCUCUACUGCAGGCAGUUUGAACAGAGGACAGCAAGCUGUUAGGACACAAGCUCUUGAAUCUUGAGACCUCUGGUCUCGAACAUUUCGGGGGGCCCGUUUUGAGGACAGUUGAAAUGCCGCAAAACAAUACUUUGAAAGGGGACCGUGCAAAUUCGGAGCUCAGCGGUGAAGAAUGGCCGUGUUCCAAGGCUUCAAAGAAUCUUGCUCCAGGCUUUUCAUCACCUCAAUGGAGUCCAGAGCCUUUUGGCAGAGCGGUCUCCACAGGGUCCCGCUUACACAUGGAGACUUUGGGUGACCAGUCGGAUUUGGCCCCAAAGGUUGAGACCAAGCUGUAUCACCGUCGCUGGUUCAUGCUGUUUCUCUUCAGUUUUGUCUCAGCAAGCAAUGCCUUCAUGUGGCUACAGUAUGGCAUUAUUAGCAACAUAUUCAUGCGUUUCUACAACAUUGAUGCUCUGGCUAUUGACUGGUUGGCCAUGAUUUACCUGCUCACUUACAUUCCACUUAUUCUGCCCAUCCUCUGGUUCUUGGACAACAGGGGCAUCCGGGAUGUUGUCCUCGUCGGGUCAGCCUUUAACUGCAUUGGCGCUUGGAUAAAAAUCGGUAGUGCCAGUCCAGAUACUUUCCCAGUGACCUUUUUUGGCCAGUUUGUGUGCUCAGUAGCCACAGUGUUUGUCCUCGGUAUUCCUUCAUACCUUGCCUCUGUGUGGUUUGGAGAGAAAGAAGUUUCCACCGCUUGCUCCAUAGGAGUUCUGGGAAACCAGCUGGGUAUUGCAAUCGGGUUCCUUGUGCCUCCUAUCCUGGUGCCUAAUGUGGACGACAUGGAUGAGCUGGCUCACCACAUCCGAAUCAUGUUCUACAUAACGGCAGGAGUGGCUACUUUACUCUUCGUCCUUGUUGUCUUCGUUUUCCAGGAGCGUCCUAAAAUUCCACCGACUCAGGCCCAGGCCACAGCUCGCAGCAUUCCACCAGAGCAGUACUCCUACAUAGCCUCCAUCCGAAACCUGCUGCGCAACAAGCCCUUCAUGCUCCUCGUCGUCACCUAUGGUCUGAACGUUGGUUGUUUUUAUGCUGUCGGGACCCUGCUGAACCGCAUGAUCAUCGUGCAUUACCCUGGAGAAGAAGUGAACGCCGGGAGGAUUGGCCUCACCAUCGUCAUCGCAGGGAUGGUCGGCUCCCUCAUCUGCGGCGUUUGGUUGGACAGAACGAAAACGUACAAGCAGACGACCCUUGCAGUCUACCUCUUGUCUCUGGUGGGGAUGAUCGUUUAUGCUGCUACACUCAGCCUGGGACACCUCUGGGUGGUUUUCAUCACCGCUGGAGUACUUGGGUUCUUCAUGACGGGCUACCUGCCACUGGGCUUUGAAUUUGCAGUCGAACUGACAUACCCAGAGUCAGAGGGAACAUCUUCUGGCCUCCUCAACUGCUCAGCACAGGUGUUCGGAAUUAUAUUCACCAUUUGCCAAGGCAAGAUCAUUGACAAUUACGGCACGCUGGCAGGAAACAUCUUCUUGUGCGUCUUUCUUCUGAUAGGCACAAUAAUGACAGCUUUAAUCAAGUCUGAUCUCAGGAGGCAAAAUGCUAACCUGCAGGCCAAAGCAGCCGCGGAGAGGCACAAGUCAGGACAAGACUACGGAGCCACAUCGCUAAUCUCCGAGCAGCAGACUUCUUCUCAAGCCUGAUCAAUAAAAAUUUUCUGCUUCCACAAAAAAAAUAAAAAAUGAAAAAAAAAUCUCAAAUCUUAGCUCAUCAUAAAGGUGCACAAAGGUAGGAGCACAAAGCAAUCACCACACACUGCCACUGAUCAAGAGCACCUGCUGUACACCCUUUUCACUGUUACACCUGUUUUACUGUCUCUAUGUGUUUCUGAGGAUCGUGCAAAAGAAAUCAUAAUUACACAAUCAUGAAAAUCAUGGGAUUUUUGAUUCUUCCCCAUGAAGCCCUGCUACUGAUUUUCUCAGUAGCAGUUCUACUAAAAUCAGCUAAAGUCACUUAAGGACAAUUAAGUCAGCUGGGGGUAAUCAUUAACCCCUGCAUGAACCUGUUGAUUCCAAAACACUUCCUCACAUUGGAUUACAGCUACUUCUAACUAUCCUAUUUUUGAACAGCUGACUGGCUUAAACUUUCCUCAUAAAUGCGAAUGGCACUUCCAUAUAGAAAUAAAACAGCGCGGCUUAUCACAGUAGGAAAUCAAGAACGAGAUCAUACAGCUCAUCAUGCUGUGUGAUUCACUUUAGUGUUCUUGUGUUUUAGGAGGCCAGUGUGUGAAGUUGCUGCCUGCGGCAUGGCUUUGAUUGGAUUUGAAUCACAGCGUAGUGUUUGUGAUUUUUCAGAUGAAGUCAGCGCGGUACUGCUAAUUUUCCUGUUCUUGCCUGUUGUUGCCUUUGCUUGCUUACAGCGCUGUCCUAUAUCCUACUAAUACCACCAGAGAUUUCAUCUAGUUAAAAGUAUGGACGCUCAACAUGAAUGGAAUAAAGUCCUUGCUAGUUGGAUCUUUACUUAAUCCUUUUUUUCACUCCAUCUUUGCUUUAGUUAUUUAAAAUGAUGAACAUGUAAUGUAUGUGAAAAGAAAUUAAAAAUGACAUUAUAGCAAUAACCAACAUUAAGCUGAUUACAGUCUUUAACAAUAAGAAAAUGUUGUUAACUACUAUCUUCCAUCUUCAUAACUGAUCUUCUGCCUUUCUUUAAGAGAAAAUCAAACCUGUGAAGGUUUUUAUUUUUUGUAUGAAAUCUUUUCUACUGAUUUAACAGUUGCAUCGUUUUUGCCUCCCAGCAUGCUUUGAUUGUGGCAAAAAACUUUCAGACAUUGAUUUUUGCAGUCGCAUGUAAAAUGUACACUGGAUUGAGGCACACUUUCUGCUGCUGUUUGUGCAGUGCCAUGAGGAUUUUAUUUCCCUUUUUUGCCCUGCAGACACAUAAUUUUAUCUUUAAGUUUUCUUGAUCUUCGAGAGUCUUUCUUGAUUUCCACAGCUGGUUUUUUACUGUUGGUUUCCGGUGAAAUUUGCUCUCAUUUAUGAUAAUAGUGUUCAGUCAGCUUCAUCUUUGACUCGAGUGUCACAAAGGUUUUGAAGAGUCAGAUGGUUUACAGCGCUUGAACCUAUCUUAUCUGUUAAUUAAGGUUGUAAGCAGGUUCAUUUUACAAGUAAGGAAUGUGAUAAAACCUUUGCAUUUGGCCCAAUGAUAGAUUUUUUUCUACAGUACAUAUAAGGGUAAACAAUAAAGAAAAUUAACACUUGAAGCAUCUCAUUUUCUGCCUUUCUGUCCUUUGUUGUGUAUUAACACAACAAAGGACAGAAAGGUGAAACAUUUAUAUUUAUUUAAAUUAAUUGACAUUUUUGCAGUGCUUAGAUAUGCUCUAACACAUAGCACAAUUCUUUUCUUUCACAUUUAACAAAUUCAGCUAUAUAUAGGCUAAUUUAUCUGGCUUAGGGUGUUUCUUUACAUAGUGUGUAUGAAUGUGCGCAUAAGCUAUCAUUAAGUUUAGCUGAGCUUCAAGACACUACCGUGACCUGGAUGACUGAGAAUGUACACAUAUGUGUCAGGCUAAAGUUUACUCCAGAGACUCUUUUGGUGGAAGCUAGCCCAAACAGACUAAAGUCUACAGAGACAAACUGUGUUUUUUGUGUUGAAGGCAUUAAAAAAAACCUACUGAUCUGACCCAUCUCUUUUGAUUUCCAGGAUUCUUCCGACUGGCACAAUGGAAGCCUGAGUGCACCUUCUGUUAUCCUCGAAGCCAAGCUUUAGACACAAACACACUAACAAGCCUCAAAAAUGACCGUGAUCUCAUCCCUGUUAUAGUGCAAAGGAAGCCUUUAGAUCAACUUGACGGCUAAGAAAAGCUCUUUGAUCUGUAUAAUUACAUGAAUGAAAAUAAUGUCACUAAUCAGAAAUAUUUUUGUAAUAUUUAAAUAUAAAUGUUAUGAAUGAAUCUGCGAGACAAAUCUGAGAAAUAUGUAAAUACAGUGUAGGAUUUCUAGAAAUUUUAGGGAGAGAUUUUUUUUAUGAAAUUAGGGAACUAUUUAUUUAGAAUUCAGGGAAAGAUUUAGAAAGGUUCUCUAAUCCAUAGCUUCUACUGUGAGGGAAGAACAGGAAAAAUAUGAUGAAUUAAGGUUGUGUAGUAUUUUUGUAGCAAUCUUGUUUUACUUUAACAUGAAAUAAAAGCAUUGCAUAAACAUUU